AAAGGGAACAUGCAACAGGAUAAACUGUGGUGACUUGUGCUUGUGCUCUCAGUAGUGAACUGAUCAAAUCUCUUACAAAGCUAUCACACAGCACUUUAUUUGAUGUAGCUGUGAGUCAGACAGCUUUCUGAACCUGAUCUGCAAAUGACUUUGACAUAGUAUAGCAUAGUGGAGUACAGCAUGCCGAUGUGUGCUUGAGGCCACCGUGACGUCACAAACAAAGGAAGAGACACUUCUGUAAAACAAAUGCUGCCUCUUGCGCAAGUGGAGCGCGUGCGUCAGACUCCAAAAGUGUCCGACGCACAGACCCCAAAGUGUAAAAUAACAGAGGCUUAGAAGGUCAGUAACAUGCCCAGUGUACAGAGGACAGUGGAGCAAUAAUGGAAGAACAGGCAGCAACAGAGUAAGUGACCAUCCCCUGCUCUGGGCUGCCUCUCCGGGCAUGCUACUUAAGCCCAAGUAUGGCCGCUUCCGCAACGACUCCGUGACCUCCUCCGACGACCUGAUGCAGAGCUUGGCCAUGAGCGGGAAGGUAGUGGUGGCCACUCCAGUGGCUCCUUCAUCUGCACCGGGCUUGCCUCUGCCACCCUUGGAACCGGCCACCCUCCCUCCUCCCUCACAGGCCCAGGCACUGGCUGAUGCUGAUUCGCCUGGGCCGGACGGUGAGCGGGACAGUGCCACCACCUUCUGCAUGCUGAUCCCAAAGAUACCCCAAUGGAAGUUCUCCAACUCGCUACUCAGCCGAAGCCCGUCUAGCUCCAGCUCGGGCUCCAGCUCCAGCAAAGACUCCGGCAAGGCCGUCCCAUCUGCUUCUGGGAUGGCUGCAGCCGCCAGCGGACCCGUGGCCAGCCUGGCUGCUGUGCUGAAUUCCUGUGACCCUGUUUGUGUGGGUUCCUGUUCCCUGCAGGCUGUCGCCAAGCAGAGGGGUUCAGCGGGUUCGGCAGGAUCAGCCAGUCCCAGAGGUUCUGGGGGUGCUGCGACGGCGGAGGGGAGUCCAGGAGGCUCUGGAGGCUUCCGGACGGGAAUGAACCGCAGGACCAGGGUGGAAGGCAUGUGGCUGGGUGGAGAAGACCUCAACCAUAAGGGCAGCUUCAUCCACAAGCCAUCCCAGGGCUGGCUGCACUCGGACAAGAAGAUCAGCAGCACAGGCGCCUCCUACAUUGUUAGGUAUAUGGGCUGUAUUGAGGUUCUCAAAUCAAUGCGAUCACUGGAUUUCACCACAAGGACACAGGUGACGAGGGAGGCCAUCAACCGGCUGUGUGAAGCUGUUCCAGGUGGGAAGGGUCCCUGGAAGAAGAAGGCUGCCAACAAGGCCCUCCAGGCCAUCAUGGGGAAAAGUAACCUGCGUUUUGCUGGCAUGAGUAUUGCUGUCAACAUCUCUAUAGAGGGCCUGAGUUUGCUCGUCCCCACCACACGACAGGUGAUUGCACAUCACCCUAUGCAGUCUAUUUCCUUUGCUUCCGGAGGAGAUACGGAUACACCUGAUUAUGUUGCGUACGUGGCCAAAGAUCCUGUCAAUCAAAGAGCAUGCCAUAUUCUGGAGUGCUGUGAUGGCCUCGCGCAGAACGUCAUCAGCACUAUUGGCCAAGCCUUUGAGCUGCAGUUCAAACAGUAUCUGCACAGUCCACCAAAAGCCAUCCCCAGCAUGGACAGGAACAUCAGGACAGAGGAGUCAGCAUGGGGUGAUGAUGAGGAACCAUCAGAGCAUGAUUACUACAACAGCAUCCCAGGAAAGGAGCCUCCACUGGGGGGAGUGGUGGACUCAAGACUGAGACCCUCAGGAGCAUUGUUGGGCCAUGUGCACAGCCUACCAAACAGCAAAACAACACAGGCUGGAUCUGCAAUCAGGAGAGAUGCGUCCUCUCUCCCUGCGGCUCAACUGUGUUAUGAAGUGCACUGGGACACGGAGAAUGGCAGUAGCUCAAGUUUGACGUCUGAUGGAUAUUUGAGAGCAGAUGGACAUCCUCCUGGAAGCCGGGACUAUGAAGAGCACCUGUAUGUGAACACACAGAGUCUGGACAACAUGGACCCUGCAGCAGACAGGCAGGGAGGACGCAGACCUGAGAGCCCCAAGAAAGACAUCUUUGACAUGAGACCAUUUGAGGAUGCUCUGCGUCUGCAUGAGGCUGGUGGCGGUGUGUGUGUGCUUGAGGACCAAUGGCCAAGCCCCCCACGCCGCCGAGCUCCUGUGGCCCCUACAGAGGAGCAGCUCCGCCGAGAGGCCUGGUACCAUGGGCGCAUGAGCCGCCGUGAUGCUGAGAAGCUCCUGAUCCGCGAUGGAGACUUCUUGGUGCGGGAUAGUGCCACAAAUCCAGGGCAGUAUGUGCUGACAGGGAUGCACUGUGGCUUGCCCAAACACCUGCUGCUUGUGGACCCUGAGGGAGUGGUCCGAACGAAGGACAUGCUGUUUGACAGCAUCAGUCACUUGAUCAACUAUCAUCUGAGCAACAAGCUGCCCAUUGUAGCAGCUGAGAGUGAGCUCCACCUCCAGCAGGUGGUCUGCAGGAAGCAGUGACCUCCACCCAAACAACAUGCAUGAAAGGGUUGUAAUGAAGCUAGGCCUCAUCCUGUGCAGACGAGCCUGGGGCCCCACACUUUUGCCUUAAACACGGACUCUCAGCUUCCAUUGGACAUGUGGUAUCACACAUGGGAUUCAAACUACGACUCCCAGCAUGCCCUUCUGUUCAAUCAACACAAAGUUUGAACCUAGGGCCAGCCAGACAGCUCACUGAAUGGGAGUCUAAUGCACAUUUCCUAAGACAGAGAUCUGCAAUUUACAGCUCACAUUUGUCUUUUUACUCUGGAACAUUCCAAAUGAGGUGUAAUUAAAAGUCACCUCUUUGAAAAUGUGAACAAACAGUGACUACGCUUGAGUGCAUUCGUGUUCAAUGUGCCGACAUUCAGUUAUAUCCGGGUACUGGGUCAGUUUCGGAGUCAAGGUAUUAAUGUCUUCAACCAGGAGAUGGGCACAAGCUUCUCAUUGUGCUAUAUGAUUUGUUCUCAGGACGCAGUAUUUCAUAUGGACAUAACAUGGACAUAUGAUGUUUCAUAAGCUUGAUGAUGUCGCUCAAGUCUGUGUUAUGCUGUCUUAUCCAGUACAUGUAUAAUUUAUGAAACCUCAGGACCAAAUGCACGGUCAUGCUUCUGUAAUGUUGUUUUUUUAUCAUAGUAUCAAUUUGGAAAUUCAUUGUCAAGUUUUACGCAGCAUACCGGCAUAUCACAUAUUGUGGGCAUGGCAUUUCACAUUUCAUCUCUGUAGAACCAACAGACAAACUGUACAUCUUACUUAAACAUGGUAUUUCAUGUAGUUCAAAAAUAUGUGUAUGUGGGCAGAUUCAGACUCUCCAUAUGUCUGGAUUCUUUAAACGGGGAAGCAUUUUUAACAUUUUAAUUCUAGACUUUUGGGUAGUUCAGUAGAUACAAGGGUGAAGUGGCAUAUAUGCACUACAGAUGGAAUAUUGGUUUUGGGCUAAUAUCAGUAAAAAAUGCGUGACUGUAUAAAAAGAAAGAACAAAUUCGAUCCAAUUCUGUAUCCAAACUAUUCUGAAAUAGCUACACUCGCACUGUGUGAUGUGAUGUUAUUGGCUCUGUAUCUCUUCCUGUGUAGAGCGUUUGAGUAACAUGAUAGCCUGCUUUUAGAUGCUCCUCUUAAAAGAAUACUAGAGCUAAAAAUUUAGCUUUCACAAUUUUACAUGUUUGGUGUACAAAUGAUGCUUCUUUAAUUAAGUGCUGGAGCUACAAGGCUAACAUUGCUUAAAAAAACAGCAGUCAAUAGUCACCCAAACCUUUUCCAUAAAUACAUCCCCAACACUUCUCUCAACCUGCAUCAAACCGCAUCCAGGUCCUCAUUAGGGGUUUGGGAAGCAGUAUGAUUUGCUGUAAACUAUAAAAAUGAACAAAACAUCACUGUCUAGCAAAACAAGCAGGCAGCCAAUUUAGACAAGACUACACUAAUGAUUUCUGUUCAUAAUGUAUAUUUCUAUUUAUAAAUAUAUCUUUAUGGUUUGAAAAUUCAGGAUUAAUUAUAAUUAGAAACAACAGAAAUUGAGAGUGCACUGCCACUAUCUUCCAUGUGCAUGCUAAAAUGGCUGCCCGCUUCCAAUUUAACAGCACUGUGUGAGAUUUUUUAAUAGUCAGGAGGAAAAUACACACUAAAAUAUGGUCUCUGGAUGCUGCUAUGAGUCACCCUGUAAAGCAUAAAAUAAUCAUUUCAAAGACAGAGUCUUCAGGUCAAUCACCCAGGAGUGUUUUGGACCCAUCAUGCGUCUUUAUGUAUUAACGUCACACAUACAGGCUGGUCCAGUUUGAUGUUUAGGUCUCGGAAGACAUGUACUUCACCAAGUUUUGACCUACUUCUCUUUGAAAACUCUUUCAACGCGAAUUCCAAUGACCAGAUUUAUCUGCUCGGGGAAGGGGCCCGAAACACAACCAACGUUACAAGUGUUCUUCUGCAUGUUGCAGUUACACAUUUCCAUCAGAGAAAUGUUUAAUCCCUACCAUCUUACAUCUUACAACUAUCUUACAGUUCAUCUUUUAAAAUAACUCAUUUUAAUGAUUGUAAUGGCUGAUGCUUAACGUUCCAAUAUCAGUAUCGGUAGUGGAAAUGAAUUAGUGCCAUCAUGCGAUCUCUCAUUUGCCCUGUUCACAGUGAUUUUCAAUUAGACUUCCUGUCUAAAAUCCUUUAGUUGACUAACAGGAAUUGGCAAAAGGCUCAAACAUCUAUACAAGCUGAACAUCUACAAAAACAAAUUGUGUCUAAAGUAUCUGCACUGAACUACCUAAAGUGUAUUUAUAUUUUUAAAGUUAAAAUGAGGUGUUGACCCCUUUUAAGGUUGAGUUCCUAAGACAAUGAAAUAAUACUAAGAGGCUUUUUGUUUUGUUUUUUUUCUGUUUUUGGAGGCCAUGUUGUCAUAACCAUAAAACAAUACUAAGAGGGUUUUUUUGGGGGGUGGGCAUGUUGUCAGUAGCUCUGAAAAUAAAAAGAAAUGAAAACUAAAGGAUUAUACUAAGUUUUCUGUGGUCAUAGACAUGUUUCCCAUCCCCACUGGGGCCAUGUUUGUUACUGUUUGUUGCAAAUGGUGAAGAUUUUCUUUUUCCUAAGCACCUACAGUUAAUAGCCUAUUAAUAUACCACAACCCAGAACAUGCAGGCUUCACUUCACAGAGUAUCUUCCUCUCUGUCCACUCUCUGGAAUAUAAUAUGGGGACGGUUCAUUUGAAAUUGCUGAAAUCAACAGUAGAGAUGUUGGUUGAUCUGGCCAUUUAAAUUUUGCUGGACAUUAAAGGGAAACCAUUUUUGAUAACACAGGUCUUGAGAAGUAAACCAAGGAGGAUAUGAUUCAUUGUAGAGAAACUUCCUGACUCUGAUUUCUUCACAGUGGUGGUGAGGGGAACCAGAGAUCACAAUGUCCAUCCAUCCAUCCAUUUUCUAAGCCGCUUCUUCGCCAGGGUCGCGGGGGGUGAUGGAGCCUGAGCAAGUCUUCGGGCGGAGAUCACAAUGUGUACAGUGCAAAUAUAGCCAUUUUAUUUAUUUUUUAUUUAAAAAAAAAAAAAAACAGAAAAACAGUGAGCCUAUCCACGUCUAAUUUUUUACAUGUAAUUUGAAAAAAUACAUUUUCUAAGUGUGUUGAUUGGCCCUGUAACACUCAGCAUGUGUCUCUCUGACAUACAAAAUUACAUUUUGGGCCAAAAUCUCACCUCAAAACUAAAUGCCUGCAUCAGCCAGUGCAUUCAGACGUCUGGUUCCUAUCAUUACCACUGUCAAAAAUUUGUACUCAAUUUGUUUCUCUAGAACAGAGCAUUUCAAAUCAAACCACUCUAAGUGACUUUGUUUAUAACCUAACAAUGUAAUGCAGAAAUUUUUAAAAAUCUGUGCAAUUACCCUUGAAGACCCUUCUAUAACUGUUGUCUGGUUAGGUAGUAUUCAUAUCAUGAUAAUAUGCUUAAUCAUAUCUUAGAAGUACUACAGAAAGACCCAAGUUAAGACAUGUAAAGCAGUAAUAAAUAUGUGUUCUGAGUUUGUCACCAUGGAGAAUGUUGUUACCAAUCAUCCAGCCAAAAUUAAAUGAAGAACAAAAAUCACUAAUAAAAUGAAUUAUAAAAUUAGGUUUCAGAAUUGUGAAAAAUAAGCAUUAUUCUGCUCUAAAACACCGGGGGCUUGUCCGCUGUAGGUUUUAAAAUGUUAAAUCACAGGAAAGGUGCAGUCUUUCUCAAGUGUCAAAUAUCACUACAACCUGAAAAAUGGAUGCUCCAUCCAACAGCUUUAUUAUGCCAGACUUAAAGCCAUGCAUGUUUGACCCACAAGAGCCUGAGCCCAAUAUAGAGCCUUGUUCUGUAAGCAACCGUUCCUGCUAAUGCAAGCUUAGACUCCACAGCUUCAACUGAAACAGCCCGAAAAGUUUAAAGUAGGCCAUCUAACUGUUAGUGCCUUGAGCCAAGACAUAUAACUUUUAGAAACAUAGCCAAAGUUAGUGAGGCAAGCGCUGUAGUUUUUAAAUUGUUUUAGUGCUAGGUAAUGCUAAGUAUGUCUCUAGUGCGUCAUCAAGCCAUGAUUUCAGGUCCACCCAAAAUUCCACAAUUUACAGUUAUGUAGUUCACAGUCUUCAGUCACGUUUUCAGCAGUUAUUUUCUAAUGUGUUUCGAAACAAUCUCUGGGUUUCCUUUACACAGACUUUAAAGGCACAUUUCUAUAGUGCCUCAUGAAGGUUCUUGAACCACAACAUAUACAGUGAUUACAGUAGCACUUUGAUCCUUCAGUGACUGAGACAGCUCUGCAUUUUACUUCCUGUCUGCUCAUGUUGAUCAGCCACAUGACUGACAGCACACCUGCAAUAUUCACAAGUAUUCACAACACAAAAUGCUGUGUAUUCCUUCCUUUAGCUGCUGUCCUGCAGGGUACCUGUGAUUCACUAUUAAAUUCCAAAAACCUUUUCUGAGAUGCUGUGAUAUGACAAUGUAAUAUAUAUCUGAAUAAAAUAUAUUUACAUCAACACAA